GGAUUUUCCUCUCUGGAUGCCUUUGCAUUCGUUCCUGCGUGUCCGCUUCUGUUGCUGUGAGUUGCUGUGAUCCUUGUACGUAUCCGGAUAGAGUAGUGGACGAUGAUCUUACAGAGGUUGAAUGGCACGUCUUGUGUGAGUUUGCGCCGGUUAUCGCAGCGACGACGAAGAGAAUUUUCGAGCCUUCAGAACUAUCUCCAAGUGGACAAGACUGUGGAGGAAGCUUUGAAGAAUGGUGAACCGAUCGUCGCGUUGGAGUCCACCAUUGUGGCGCACGGAAUGCCAUUUCCGCAAAACUUGGAGACUGCGCAGAGUGUCGAAUCCAUAGUUCAAUCCAAGGGUGCGGUACCUGCUACUAUUGCCGUCAAAAAUGGUGUUUGUCACGUUGGUCUCACUGGGGAUGAAUUGGAGGACCUUGCCAGAGCGGGUGAAGAGAAGAGGGCUCAGAAAUGCUCCACACGAGAGUUGUCCUUGAUUCUCGCCAGACAUCGCCUGGCUGAAAACACAAGGGGAAGAAGGCCACAUCAAUGGGGAGCCACUACGGUGGCAUCUACAAUGGCUUUGGCGCACACGGCUAAAAUAGAUACUUUUGUCACCGGUGGCAUUGGAGGGGUACAUCGAGGCGUAGAGAAUACAAUGGAUAUUUCGGCUGAUCUGACGGAGCUGUCGCGCACACCCGUUGUGGUAGUUUCGGCUGGCAUCAAAUCCAUUCUGGAUAUUCCGAGAACUUUGGAGGUUUUGGAAACCAAUGGCGUCCCGACUGUGGCCUUUCAAGCAGAUGAAUUCCCUUGCUUCUUCUCGCCCAACUCUGGAAUCAUGGCACCCGCAAGGGUAGACUCUGCUGUGGAAGUGGCGUCUGCAUUCAGUGCUGCGCGGGCACUCAAUUUCCCCCAUGGAAUGCUAGUAGCCGUCCCUCCACCAAACUCUGCUGGUGAAUCUAUUGAACAGGCCAUCCAAGAAGCAUUGGAAGAAGCCAAUAAGCGGGGGUUGCAUGGCCAAGCGGUGACACCCUUCAUUCUGAAACGUGUUGCCGAAACAACAGGUGGAGACAGCCUGCGUUGCAACAUCUCUUUGGUUCAAAACAAUGCGCAAGUUGGGUCUGAAAUUGCCGUGGCUAUCGCAGAGCAAAAGAAUUCAACUUCAGUUGGAAUCUUGCCAAGUGAACUGCCACGGCCAUCGCCAGUGAUUGUCAUGGGUGGCACAGUCCUGGAUAUUGUAGCAAAACCCAAAUCAGGCGCAUUGUUGCUCGGGACUUCCAAUCCUGCUGACUGCACUGAGUCAGAUGGAGGAGUGGCUAGGAAUGUGGCAGAAGUGCUAGGUCGACUGGGAUCCAAGCCCUUGUUGUACUCUGCGGUGGGACAUGACGCCCGAGGGCUUGCCUUGCAGCGACGGCAGUCCGAGUAUGGCAUUCAAGAUUCACACAUGACAAUCCACGUUGUAGAGGGAUCCAAUACGGCAACCUACUUGGCAGUAUUAGAAGGCGAGACCAACGAUCUCCACACGGCAUGUGCCGACAUGGCCGUCAUGAGCGACAUUCAGAAGCCUCCACGCGAGCUCCUGUCCACAGCAAAGAUUCUUCUCGUGGAUGCCAACCCACCCAUCGACACGCUGAGGAGUGCUGCGUGUGAAGCGUCGGACUUGGGUGUGGACGUCUACUUUGAGCCGACGAGCGUGCCAAAAGCUCAAUUGGCUGCUCACGACGCGGCCUUUCUCCGCGCUCUCACGGGCGCAUUCCCCAACCUCUCAGAACUAAUCGCCAUGAGAGAUGCUGCUUGUGGUGCAACGGGGGACCUGGGUGAACCUGGUUUGGACAUCGAGGAAAUCAGAUUUAUAACGGCUCAAGUAUUGAGUUGCAUGUCACCCAAGAAAGCUUGCCUGGUGGUCACAAUGGGCAGUGAAGGCGUCUUGCUCGCGACUAAGAAAGGUGAUCGUCAAUCAGGCGAUGAAAGCGAUCCUGCAGACUACCAAUUUCGACACUUUCCUGUAGUGGAUGAAGUGGAGGUUCAAAACUCCACAGGGGCAGGCGACACUCUUGCUGGGGCCUUUCUACAUGCCCUUUUAGAAGGAAAAGACGAAAGUGAAGCUGUAUCAUGGGGCAUGCAAGCAGCAGCCCUCAGUCUGCAAUCAUCAGAUCGAACAAUAUCACCCGAGUUGUCAAAGUUACGAAUCUCAUGAUGCAUCCAGAACACUGGGAGUUGAGUAGAACAAUCUGCAGUCACCUUGUAUUGUAACAAAAGUUUUGGCCCUGAUUGAUAUUGAAGGAAUUAAGUUAUAGAAGCUGUUAUAGAUAUUGAGGAUUGCCUAAGAG